CAGACUGAGUCAGUCACCAAAUUUAGCACUGUCAGAGAAAAAAAAAUCUACCAGCUGCAACAAACGUCAGGGUUUUAAUGUUUUUUAUUUAUUUAUUUAUUUAUUUAUUUUUUUUACUCCAAGUACCUGAGCCUAAAAUAAUCCUUACUUUAAUCAGUUUAAAAUCCAUCCUGAUGUUGAAAGCAGUCCUUUAUUAUCAGCCUAUAACUUAUUUAUUUCUAUAUAUAGUAAGCUCAAGAGAAUAUAUAUUGCUGUGAGACUGUCGUCACAGUCUGACCGUCGCUUUGCGACCUUCUGUCUCCUCGCGGUCAGGUACGGAGAAGGGGGCGGAGUCACAGAAGGAGCAGCUUCAUAUCGGACCGCUUCCAGACGUCCCGCACAACCGGGGAGGAGGACAGAGCUGCGGGUCCUUUACUCCACGCCGUCCUCACGCUCCGUCCUCGCGGGGGGGAUUAGCAAGAAGCGAUUUAUUGUCCUCAAGUCUGCGCCUGAUCCGUCUGACAGAAGAAUGAGAGAGUCCUGCUGACACCACGGAGAGACACACACCGAGACCGAGCAUGGCUGUGGACGCGGCGUCCAGCUUCAGCUUUUGCCGUGCCUCCCUAGAGCACACAGUGUCUGCUGAGGAACUGAGCUACCAGCUGCCGCGUCACGCCGGAGGUAACAAUCUGACCUGGCACGACAGCCGCGGGCAGAGGACGGCGCACACGCGCGCCGUCAAACUGCUUCAGCAGCCCGGCACCGAGGGCAUCCAGCUGCAUCCAGGUGAAGCCUUCACUGUUUACCACACCAGUCCUACUCUGUCCAGUCUGUCUAAACCUGUGGUGCUGUGGACUCAGCAGGAUGUCUGCAAGUGGCUUAAGAAACACUGUCCUCACAACUACCUGACCUACGUAGAGGCCUUCUCCCAUCACGCCAUCACAGGACGAGCGCUGUUACGCCUGAAUGGGGAAAAGCUAGAGAGGAUGGGAAUUGUCCAGGAGACUCUGCGACAGGAAGUUCUCCAACAAGUCCUCCAGCUACAAGUCAGAGAAGAAGUCCGCAACUUGCAGCUCCUUAGCAGAAACAGCUUUGAGCUUCCUUUGGAAAUUACUCUUAGCUCAGCUUUGGAUCUGUUUGGCAGCCCUUCUCCUCACCCCCCAUCACAAUACGUCUCUAGGAGCCGUGGAAAAGCUGCUGUAUUCAGAUAUGCGAGCAGAGAAUCGACAAGUGAAAGGGAAGAGGAUGAGCCUCCACACUACAUGCCAGCUGGUUUGGAGGAUUCUCAUUCAUCCCGGCCAAUGUGGUUUACAGAAACAGAGACAAAGCCUCGUUUGAGGCAGGGAUACCCACUUUAGCCUAAUGAUGCAACGAAACAUCCACCGGCCUGAUGAUCAUCUAGAUUGGAUGCCAGUUUGAUCUUGAAAGGUUAUCACAGAGUUUUGUGUCUCAUGUGGUUCAGAGUGAUAUUACAAUUUCAACAGAAAUUUGAGUUUGAUUUAUGGUUUUUAUAAUUAGGAUUCAUAGCACUAAUACAUUAUUUUUCUGACAUGGUUUUAGUUCAGUGGCGCUAAACGAAUGAAUUAUUGUAUUAUGAUAAAAACACGGAUUUAAAUUAAGCUCUAAUUUUCUUGAAACUCAGAUAAACAAUUCAUAAAUAAAUCAAAUAAACUCCAUUGGAAUCCCUGUAUGAGGACUAAUGCUGCGUUUACACCGGAUUACUGCGGCAGAAGCUUCAAGUUUCAAUGUUAAGGAUAGGUACAGACACAAUCUGAGUUCCUGCACAAUUUGGGCGCAGUGAGCGUAUCAACCAAUCAGGGACUUUGAACAUGUGACAUUUUCAGUGACUCGAUCAGAAGAUAGAAAAAAAAAACAAUAUGGCUGCUCAAUGCGGGGAUUUUCGUGCGGAACUUCCAUCUAUUUUCUUAACCGACUGUCCCAGAAACUGUUGAGCAAAGGCGGGAUACACACUAGACAGGCCACCAGCCUGUCACAGAGCUCAUGGAGCUGGAGUGAUCACGCCCCCUACGCCAGCGAGCCACCCAAUGGACAGCGUAGCAUGCUAGCACCACCCAGGGUCCGGCAGAGCUAGCAAAGACCUAGCGACUAGCACCGCCGACUAUGCAGACCAGCCUCCGUUUUACGGAGCCACCAUGGGUGCCAUCGUAGUGGGUGCGAUCGCUCCAGCUCCAUGAGUUUAUGAUAUUUUUCCUAUUUUUAUCAAGACACCAAUAAAAGGUCCCUCCAGUUUUAUUUUGAAUUUUCCCCUCUCGGGUUAAUGCUCAAACUGGGCCACAGACAGACAAAAAUAAUGUUUAAAACGGCCGUCAGGCACAUCUCUCGUUGCAAGAGCGAAGUGCACCGUCCCGGGAGAGACUCCGGAUGAUCUGGUGAUCCCAGACACAGUCACGUGCUGGCCGGUGCCUCUGUGGGGUUCUCCAAAACAUAUAAAUCCAAGCUACUCGCUCAACAUCAUCCAUGUUUUCUGUGAUGUGGGAACGAAUGAAGUCUAGGACAACUUUGGCAGUUGCUCCACCGCCGGGGCGUUAAGGCUAUAAGCGGUAAAUCUGAUGCGCAUCAAAAGAGAAUCAUGUCCGGCUUGACUGCAACAUAAAAAAGCAUCAUUAAUGUAACUGGAGAGAGAUUUUUUGGGGUUUUUUAAGCAAAUAAAAAAUAUAUACAUUUCUUCUGAGCAUAUACAUGCUUUUCUUAAUAAAUUUGAAUUGUACAUUUGUUGUUUCAUAUCAUAACAACUUUUAUCCAUCCGUCGUCUUCAUCUCCUCCUGUACAAACUGAACAUUUCCAAACAAAAGAACUCUAUUAACUACCUAAUCCAAAAUAUUUUUUGAGAGCUGUGUUAUUGUUCAUCAUUUUAAAUAUUUCAGUACACAAUUCUGAAUGUCACUUCAAAGAGAAAGCUUUUUGUACUGAGACUUCCCUGCAGGACGCCAGUGAGAUAGUAUUGUAGAGUUCCAUGUACUUUAUACUGUGAUACUGUAAUAUUGUAGCAGUACUUUAGUGUUUUGUUGAAUGAAUGGUUCCUAUAUUUAUUCCAGGAAUUAACAUAAUAAUCAUUGGAGAAAUUAUCAUUUACAUGAUAACAGAUAAAAAUAGAACACCUGAAGAAACUGUUCUUAAUUAUAUACAAUGCAAGUCUAUACUGUAGACAGACAUGAGAUAAAAACACAUUUUCAAGAAGCAAAACCUUUAUUUCUCUCAGUCUUUUGACAAGUUGUCUUUGGAUAAUGUAUAUUACUGACUGUUAGUAUUAAAAAACUGUUAUUUUCAAAUUACCAGAUGAUCUGUAUAUUUACCAUUUUCUGUUUCUUUGAUUAGCUCUCCAAAAUGGAUGACAACUUUAAAGGUUCUUUCACUUUAUAAUAACAAAGAUGCAUAUAUGUAUGAAAGGACAACUGUCUUUUGGAAUAAACCAAUUAAAAUGAA